CAAUCGAAAUGACAUCAAUGCCCAGUGUAUUUAUGUAUACGAGUAUUCGCUUACGUAUUGAACGUGGUAACAUAAAACGCAGCAAAACGGUUAAAACCAACAGUAAGGAUAUUAAAUCGCACCGAAAAAGUUCAACAGUAGGGACAGUUAGUACACCUGCUGCAAAAAAGAAAAAAUGAGAUUCGUAAGUACAAGGGGAAAAACCGUUGACAUAACCUUCGAGGAAGCGUUAUUUACUGCUUAUACCGAAGAUGGCGGAUUGUUGAUGCCAGAAACAAUACCAAAUAUAUCUCUUGCAACCCUACAACGUUGGAAAGGGUUAAGUUAUGUGGAAUUGGUGAAAGAAAUUAUUCCUUUGUUUGUGUCAACAACUGAAAUAUCUUUAAAAGAACAGCAAGAGUUAAUAGAUGCAGCUUUGUCUUCAUUUGAUAUUCCUGAUGCGCUGCGAAUAGAAAGACUGACAAAUGAUUUAAAUGUAUUGGAGAUGUGGCAUGGAAAAACUUUAGCAUUCAAGGAUUUGGCAAUGUCCUGCACCACCCAGUUUGUCAAUUAUUUUUUAAAGAAGCGAGACCGACAUUUCACAGCAGUUGUUGUCACUUCUGGUGAUACCGGCAGCAGUGCAAUGCAGAAUUCUAUUGGGUUGGAUAACUUGGAUAUUAUUGUAAUGUUCGCAUAUCAAAAGAUUGCGAAACUACAGGAACUCAUGAUGACAACAAUUCAAGCUGAUAACAUGCAUGUUUAUGCAGUUGAUGCAGCCAGUUCAGAUGAUGCUGAUGAACUUGUGGAAAAGAUUUUCACGGAUCAUAAGUUUGUCACUGAGCAUUCUGUUGGAACACUUAACUCCCAGAACUGGUGUCGUAUUAUGGUACAGAUAGUUCACCAUGUUUAUGCUUAUCUACAAACUGCUAAUGAAGUUGGUGAACCUGUGGACAUCAUCAUCCCGGUUGGUGGAUUUGGAAACACUACAUCUUGCUUGAUUGCUAAAAAAAUGGGAAUUCCUUUGGGGAUUGUCUGCGUUUCAAACAAGAAUGAUUUUUUAAAUCAAGUUCUAAAAACGGGUGUAAUUGAUCAGGCUCCUUCCCAUCUUACACUCGCGCCAGCCAUGGAUAUCGCAUUCCCAAUCAAUUUUGAGCGAAUUCUUUGGUUGUUGUCUGGAAGUGACGGAAAAAUUGUUUCAAAGAUAAUGAAAGAGUUCAGGACUUCAGGUUCUACAACGCUGCCAACUGAUUUGAUGGAAAAGGUGAAAUCCACCCUCCGAUCCGCAUCAGCAGGUGAUGAUGUAAUUAUUAAUACAAUACAACGCUGUUGGAAGGAAAACGAAUAUCACAUCUGCCCACAUACAGCUACUGCUGUUGCUUGUUUCUAUGGAUUGACAGAAGGAUACAAACAUUCCGGAAAUUCAGCCAUCUGUCUUGCUACAGCAUCAGCUGCUAAAUUCAGUGAAGCUGUCAUAAAAGCUGGGUUGCCUCUGAAAAGAUCACCAAGGAUUGAUGAUCUGAAUGAAAAUGACGCCAGAUACGAAAGGUUAAGGAAAGGCGAUGAUUGGCAAGAAAUUCUACGCAAAAAGAUUUGUUCAAUAACAGCUCAAUCAAAACGCUAAAUAUUUUUAAACGUUUUUUUCUAUGCAGAUUUUAUCUUCAAUCAUGCUGCACUAUUUCAAAUACUGUGUAUUUUAAAAUACAUCAAAUUAUUUAUUGUUCUGAGAACAUUUUAUGCCUAAUUUUUUUAAAACUGUACUUUUCUUGGUUUUAUUUAAUUGGAUACAGCGUACUCUAUACACACUAUAAAGUUUAUGUAUAUAAAUAAAUAAAUGUAACAUUCAGUCAUU